AUUUUGAAAAGAUAUCAUAGGAAUUGUGAGAAGAUGGGAAGAAUUCCAAGGACUGAAAAUUAUGCAAUCGCCUCUUCAAUGCAAGAAAACCAACAACAACCUUGUAUUACCUGCACCACUUUUAACAUUCUAGCCCCCAUAUACAAACGCCUCAACCAUGAGCAGGAUCAAAGUUGCCGUGAAAGUGACUACAAAGCGUCUUGGUUGGCUAGGAAUCACAGUAUAUUGGAUUGGUUGUUGUAUGAGAGAUCUUCCAUUAUCUGCCUUCAGGAAUUUUGGGUUGCAAACGAAGAGCUUGUUAAUUUGUAUGAGAAGAGACUUGGUGAUGCUGGUUAUAUUAACUUCAAGCUUGGAAGGACUAACAAUCGUGGUGAUGGUCUUCUGAUGGCAGUGCAAAAGGAAAAUUUUACAGUUCUAAAUUAUAAGGAGUUGCACUUCAAUGAUUGUGGUGACCGAGUAGCUCAAUUGUUACAUGUUGAGUUAGCUUUUCCAUUUUCACAAUACCAAAACAGUGAUAUUAGGCAGGAAAUUCUUAUUGUCAACACUCACCUACUAUUCCCUCAUCAUUCAAGUCUUUGCCUUGUACGAUUGCAUCAAGUCUACAAGAUGCUUCAAUAUGUGGAAUCUUAUCAGAAAGAGUACCAACUUAAGCCUUUACCAAUUAUGCUAUGCGGUGAUUGGAAUGGAAGCAAAAGGGGACAUGUUUACAAGUUCCUGAGGUCUCAGGGGUUUGUUUCAUCGUAUGAUACUGCACAUCAUUACACUGAUGCUGAUGCUCACAAGUGGGUUAGCCACCGCAAUCAUCUGGGAAAUAUUUGUGCUGUUGAUUUUAUAUGGCUUCUUAAUCCUGGCAAAUAUCAAAAACUACCUAAAACAAGUUGGAGUGAAGCAGUAUUUGACAUGUUUAAGUGUCUAUUGCGAAGAACUUCACUGACAGAGAGUGAUGCAUUUGCUUUUCUAAAGGCUGAAAAUGAAGAUUGCAUUACCUACUAUAGUUUCUGUGAAGCACUUCAACAGCUUAAUUUAAUUGGUCAUUGCCAUGGAUUAGGUGUUGAAGAAACAAAGGAGUUGUGGGUCCAAGCAGAUAUAGAUGGAAAUGGUGGUGUUGAUUAUAAAGAAUUUCUGCAGCAAAUAUGGAAUCCAACAGGAUCAGAUAAAAAAAGAGAUGACAAGCAGAAUGGGCAACAAGAUGAUGAGCCAAAUGAGGGUGAGGUACAAACAAUUGGUUUUAGAGUGAAAAAUGCAGUUCUAUUCCCUUCAGAGGUGGAAAAGGGUAGGUGGCCUGAAGACUAUUCCCUAUCUGAUCAUGCAAGACUCACUGUAGUGUUCUCACCUAUAAGAAUGCCAUGAUCCCAAAUGAUUUCCUAAAGGAAUGAGUGAAAUAAUGGAACUGGCAAGAAAACAUAAAGGGUCAUUACUGCACCAUCAUUGGUCAGAAGUGAUUUCACAGUCAUGACAAGACAUAAUAUUCUCAUACAUACCAUACAUUAUUGAUGGCAUUUAAAGUAGCAAGUCAUAAUUAAGGUUUGUUUUCCUCAUUUACCUGGUUGAAAAAUUAUACAAAAGAUAA